GUUGUUUGUGAGCACCGGCAACAGAUGGCGGCGGUGGUGGGGAGUAGCACAUCGACCACAUAUCGGACUGGGUGGAGGCAUUAAGGAGAGAGCCCGGUCUCGCUGUCACAUAUAGUAGUCUGAGAGGGGCAGGCGGAUCAAACCUCAUUCCGAUUUUGUUGCCUUCUGUCUCUGAAUCUUUUCUUGUACCGUGAUUUUUCCACCGGAGGCCGCACAAGCCCUGGACUAGAUUUGACGACGGACCCAGCCAAGUGCCCGAGGGCAGCUGUUGGAUUGUUUGGAAACUAUCGGAAAAUGUAUUCGGUAUUAUUUUCCGAGCGGAAAUAGACACAUAUCUGGUACAUGGUAUUGGCUAUGUUUACAGGACAAAAAAAAUCUAAUGCGGAGUACAAAAAAGUUUGAGACCAGCUAACUAGGUAGCUGCCGUGGUGAAGUGCUAGCUAGUUAGCAGCCUAGCAUCCUUACAGCAUGUUGAAUGAAUGAAUGAACGAACGAAUGAAUGAAUUGGAAUUUUGAGAAACAACUGUUUGUUGUUACCACAAACACGAGUCGAAAAUUAAUGUUGUAACACAGCAUGUGCUCGUCGUGUUGACCCUUCAUCGACUGUUACAUUGGACAACCACAAAUGGACAGGAAUGCAAUUCCUAGGAACUGGUGAACAGCGGCCACUUAGCACGCCAAGAUAGUGCUGGGCUAAUACUGACUUCUGACCGCUAAUGUUGGUGAAGCCGGUGCAGGCGAACUUUAGCUAGCUACACAUAUUUGCACUACUUGGACUUGGCUGAAACAGUAUUAAGCCCAAACCCGGUUUGGAAUGGGGAAUACGGUGUCAUGCUGCGUCUCUCCCGAGUCAAGCCCCAAACUACCUUCGAGACAACCGGCGGAGCGGCUGGAGGAGUUCCAGACCAGCACCGAUGUGAGCGAUGAUAACACUGUACCAUACCUGCAGCAUAUAAGCGACAGAGAAGUCCCUGAUGAACUGGCCCUGGAGUCAAACCCGUCAGACCACGCUAGAGCGAGCACCAUCUUCCUCAGCAAGUCCCAGACAGACGUACGAGACAAGAGGAAAAGCAACCAUAUAAACCAUAUCAGUCAUGUAUCUCCUGGUCCACUGUCAAAGAAAUACAGCUCCUGUUCCACCAUUUUCAUAGACGACAGCACCGUCAGCCAACCAAACCUCAAAAGCACAAUCAAAUGUGUCACAUUAGCAAUAUACUACCACAUCAAAAACAGGGACUCGGACAGGUCACUGGACAUCUUCGAUGAGAAGUUGCACCCUUUAUCAAGAGAGCCAGUGCCAGAUGACUACUCCCGUGUCGACCCAGAACACAAGCUGAUCUACCGCUUUGUCAGGACGCUGUUCAGUGCUGCACAACUCACUGCAGAAUGUGCCAUCGUCACUCUGGUUUACCUGGAGCGCCUGCUCACCUAUGCUGAACUGGACAUCUGUCCUGCCAACUGGAAGCGCAUCGUACUGGGUGCCAUCUUGCUGGCUUCCAAAGUCUGGGAUGACCAGGCCGUGUGGAAUGUCGACUACUGCCAGAUCCUUAAAGACAUCACUGUGGAGGAUAUGAAUGAAAUGGAGCGCCACUUCCUGGAGCUGCUUCAGUUUAACAUCAACGUGCCAGCCAGCGUCUACGCCAAGUACUACUUCGAUCUGAGGCAGCUGGCCGACGACAACAACCUCAGCUUCCCUCUGGAGCCUCUCAACAACCAGCGCGCCCAGAAACUAGAGGCCAUUUCCAGACUAUGUGAGGACAAGUACAAGGACCUGAGUCGAGCGGCGAUGAGAAGAUCGUUCAGCGCAGACAACCUGAUAGGUAUCCGACGCUCCAACGCUGUGCUCUCAUAGGCCAGAGCGCUGCCCACAUGCCCACCCAUUCCCACCGCCCUACCCCAGACAAACACAGCCACUUCAACCUGUCCUCUGAAUUUACAGGUAUGAGACAGGAUUCAUCAAGGUCCACAUACAUUUGAGGUGUGACUUUAAAACACUACCAUACAACUAUAGUCAAUAAGAAGGUCUUCCUUACCUGAGCCUUUUUUCCAGGUCCAAUUGUGACCGAGGGAUGAGUCCGAUACAGUCGAUUACCGUAUUUCCUCAAAUAGAAACCAGUUCAACACCGGUUCAAUUCAGUUUAUUUCAAAUAUGCAACAAAAUAAACAAAAUAAUCCUACUUUUGUCCUUAGAAAUAAAACAGUUUGCAAGAAAACAUGAAAACUUUUACAUAUACAUGAAAACAAAAUAGGUCUUUGUUCUUGUAUUCGUAAAGGACUGGGAGGAAAGUUGGUUAACAUGAACAAAUUAAGGCCUUGAAGUGCACACAAACACAGUUCAGUGGAGUGGGAACAGCAGGCAUGGACCAAAAUGCCUCUGGAUGCAAUGUGAUUACUAAAGUCUACUAGUCCUACCUCUUGAUAAAGAGUCCAGAGUUCCCAAGCAUACCUGAACGCAGCAGGAAAGCCCCACCUGACUCAACAGUUGCCGACAAGUGGCAUUUUCUACUAUUGCAACAGUAAAACACUGAUAGUACGUUGACAGUAAUAGAUACUGUCUUUAACUCCCCUACUCUACCCUACCUCAUUUACUUCCCUAUCGCUUUUACCGAGCCACCUUUAGUCAGUCUUAUUGAUUUUUAAACCAGAUGAGUCAGAUGUGUUUAAUAUGGUCAGAUGCAUCAUUGAAAGCUGUGUCAAGGAGAAAAUGAACAAAUGGACGAAGAAACAAACAUCAGAGGUUUUAAGAGCAGUUAUUUUAAAGAAAAUAUACUGUCCUUUUAAUUUAAUGCUGAUGGUACGUGUCAACUGCAUUUAUUCAGUAGGAAGUUUGAUUUUGUUUUUAGUUCUCAAACAACACAAAUCUGAUAAA